AUGGCUGAAAACGAAAUAGCCAGUGUUGCAUUUCGAGCUCCACCCGUUUGGAAAACCGAAAUAAAUUUAUGGUUUCUUCAAGUAGAAUCAAAUUUUGUGAUGUCGGGAAUUGAAAAAGAAUUAACAAAAUUCCACUGCGUCGUUGCAGCGUUAGAUAUGGAAGUUCUUUCCUACGUUAAAGAUAUCAUUGAGGUUCCACCUACAGAUAAUCCAUACACGGUUCUUAAGGAACGUAUUGUAAAACGUUUUACACAGUCCGAAAGUUCGCGAUUGAGGACUUUGUUACAGGAAUUGUAUUUGAGUGAGAGAAAACCAACACAACUAUUACAUGAAAUGAGAUCGUUAGCUGGUAGUCAAAUAUCUGACGAUGUAUUAAAAACAUUGUUUAUUCAGCGACUCCCUAUUAAUAUUCAGAAAAUAUUAUCAAUUAGUAAAGACAAACUUGAUGAUUUGGCUCAAAUCGCGGAUAAAAUAAACGAAGUUUCUUGUUUCGGUACUUCAAGUACAGAACAUAAUAUUUCUUCCGUUGAUUUAAAAGAGUUACAAUCUCAAAUUUCUGAACUUUCCGAAAAAGUUGAAAAAUUGACUUUUCGACAAAAAAGUUACAAUGGAAGUAAAUUUAGUCAACGGUCUGGUUCUAGGCCUUAUUCGAAUUCGAAUAAUGUCAAUAAAACUUCGGAAAAACAGUAUUGUUGGAACCAUUUUAAAUUUUGUAAAAAUGCUAAAAAAUGUGUCGGUAAAUGUUCAUACUCGGAAAACUGA